CGCGACUGUUGGCAACAUAUCGCAAUGAAGUACUACCUGGCGGACCAGCUAGGUACCUUCCGCAGCGCCGCGUCAGAAGAUGACAUGAACCAAUCGUUGGCCCUCAUGUGUGUGCUUCUACUCGCUGCUGACGAGCGCACAGAAUUUGCCGCCUCUGACGGUGCCACCGCCCUAGGAGACCACUUGAUUAGGCUGUGUCACGAACAAGCCGCUGAGAGAUACAGGUGGAAGGGGUCCAAAGCAUUUGGUUUCAACGUGUCCGAGAAAGGAUUGCACCAACUUGUGCGAUUUCUCCUUGUUUCCAUCGUUCAUGCAUCCUUGGAAGCUUCCAUGGCUGCACAAUUCUGCAGCGCCAACCUACCCCAGCUUCUGUUCGACGAGUUCGUCGUUUCGACCGAGAACUUCAUUGCCGCUGAAGACAUGGGGCCUAAUCAAGACACCGACAGCGUCAAUGCAACCCCCACAACGCCACCAUCGGAGGUUUCAUUGCGUAUCCUGGCACUGGAAGGCCUGCGGAACCUCUGCUACGCAGACUGGCCACGUCCUCAGCUAAAUAAUUCGGCAUUAGACACAUUGUGGCAGAUGUUACUCGCUACAUCCACCGACUCUCCGACCUCCGCCAACGAUAAUGCAGAUCAGCGCGAUGGCACCAUAGCCGGCCAAUUGGCGUGCGACAUCUUGAGUAACCUUGCAUCCCAUGCCCCAAGAGCAUCCCACGCGACCAAGGACCGUGUGUCGUCCCUCCUGACGCUUCUUAUAUGCACCCACGACGCAAAACAAUCGAGUUCUACACUCGAUGGAAGGAAUCUGUGUCCACAACUGGUGGCGAUGGCCGACUUGGCGGCGAAUUUGGCCAGAGAUACCGAGUACUCGAUCGUGCUCAUAUGUUCACUGGAACAACUCAAGCCAAGAACUCGAGCCAACACGUCGAGCCUGGCGUUCCUCACGCAGUGGGCGGACAACGUCAACGAAGACCCAGGCCUCCGCGCCAGCUUGCGUAGCCUGAAUCACAACCUCGCGUGGACUGACGUCAGCACCAAAGUAUGCGUCCAGAAGCUUGCGGCGUCUACGUUCUUGGAGAGGUUUCUGCAUGUGCAUGCCAAUCAAUGACGACACUUGUACAAUGUCGAUACACCUCCAUGACGUGCUACAGUAGCUCGUACACCGUUGCUUCGUCACACUGUCACUGACUGCUGUCGGUAGAUAUUUCCCUUAACCAAGUACAUAUACGAAUAUACUUCCUCGAUCCUCGAUGGACAUAAG